UUAAAAAGAGAGCCAGGAGCGAAGAGGAGGGGGAACUCUCCGAGGGACACCCCACCCCCGUUUCUGUAGAUUAAUUACCUCCCCCCCACACCCGGAGUUUUAAGAAAUCCUCAGCCUUAUAUAGGACAAGCCAUCUUCCUUCGUCCGUGGCGCCCUUCCUUGUUCCAAACUUCGGGCGGCCGAGCGCGAGAGCGGCGGGUCAGGAAUCGGGAGCUCUGCAGGCUGCUUCCCCCACACGCCUCCCUCCUCCUCUCCGCCCCCCUCCCCCGCCCCCGAUGGAAAUCCAGGGGGUUUUCCCGGCCUUUGGAAGACUGGGCUCCUGGAGGCGGAGGACAAUGAGCAGGGGCAGCCGCCGCCUAUGAAUCGCCUGGGUCGCGCACAGCCGUCGCUCUGCUCGCCCGCUCCGCGCACGCGGUGGUAGCCGCUGCAGUCCCAGCCAAGGCGCAAGGUUGGAGCGGCCGGGCGCGUUUCCGCUCGUCUGGAAGCUGGCUCUCCGCGGCUCCUCGGCUCCGACUCGAGGGGCAGAAAAAUUUCGUUGAAGGCAGUAUCCAAGGAACCCAUCUCUUUCUCUGGGAGAUGCCGGCUGGUAGUUACUAAGGUUGCUUCCACAGUAACAUGCACAUCCUGUUUACACCUUCCUUGGAAGAAGUCGGGCUUGGCUAGCUUCAGCAGCUUCACCUGGGGAGUUUCAGAAGGAAGUGCUGGUUCUCCAUCCUCAUCACCUCCUGCUCUAGACCUGCCAUCUUAUGCAAGAUCCUCUUUUCUCCCCAGAGAGCUUGUUUUGGGUGCUCUAUAGUUGGUAGGACGUGGGUGCCACUUCUGUGUGGAGAUCUAAAGUUUGCAUCACCUGCUCGGACUUCACAGAGGAGAGAAGCCACAAAGUAACACAGGAGCACCCAGCAUAUCUCACUGACCCACUUCAUUUUUGUCAAGAUGACGAACAACUCUGCAGAUCACCAUCCAGGGAACUCUGUUGUUGAGGGCAGCCAUGAGGGGGAAUUUGGUUGUUCCGUUAUGGAGCUACGGAACCUUAUGGAACUUCGCAGUGCAGAAGCAGUGAGCCGGAUCAAUGACACCUAUGGGGGAGUGCAUAACAUUUGCAAGAGGUUGAAGACCUCACCUGUGGAAGGCCUGUCUGGGAACCCUGCAGAUCUGGAAAAAAGAAGACAAGCAUUUGGCCAAAACUUCAUCCCACCGAAAAAGGCCAAAACCUUCCUGCAGUUAGUCUGGGAAGCACUGCAGGAUGUCACGUUAAUCAUCUUGGAAAUUGCAGCCAUAAUCUCCCUGGGCCUGUCUUUCUAUCACCCUCCUGGUGGCGACAAUGAAAUGUGUGGGGAAGCAAAAGGCAGUGCAGAGGAUGAAGGUGAAGCUCAAGCUGGAUGGAUUGAGGGGGCAGCAAUCCUUUUCUCAGUCAUUAUUGUGGUGCUGGUCACAGCCUUCAAUGACUGGAGCAAAGAGAAACAGUUCCGGGGCCUCCAAAGCCGCAUUGAACAGGAACAAAAGUUCACAGUCAUUCGUAAGGGGCAAGUUAUACAGAUCCCUGUGGCUGAGAUCGUGGUGGGGGACAUUGCUCAGAUCAAAUACGGUGAUUUGUUGCCAGCAGAUGGAAUCCUGAUCCAAGGCAAUGAUCUGAAAAUUGAUGAGAGCUCUCUGACUGGGGAGUCAGACCAAGUGAAAAAGUCUCUUGAUAAAGAUCCCAUGUUGCUUUCUGGUACUCAUGUGAUGGAGGGCUCCGGUCGAAUGCUGGUCUCAGCUGUGGGCAUCAACUCACAAACUGGAAUCAUUUUUACUCUUCUUGGUGCUGGAGAAGGGGAUGAGGAGAAGAAGGUCAAGAAAGGUAAAAAAACCGGAGCCCCCGAAAAUCGCAACAAAGCAAAAACUCAGGAUGGUGUGGCCUUGGAGAUCCAGCCACUGAAAAGCCAAGAAGGGGUAGAAAAUGAAGAGAAGGAGAAAAAGAAAGUGAAGGUUCCAAAGAAGGAGAAGUCAGUACUGCAGGGGAAGCUCACCCGUUUGGCAGUUCAGAUUGGGAAAGCAGGACUGAUCAUGUCAGCCAUCACAGUCAUUAUUCUGAUCCUGUAUUUUGUGAUUGACAACUUUGGGAUUCAAAGAAGGCAAUGGCUGGCUGAAUGCACCCCCAUCUAUAUCCAGUACUUUGUAAAGUUCUUCAUCAUUGGCGUCACUGUGCUCGUAGUGGCUGUCCCAGAGGGCUUGCCCUUGGCAGUCACCAUUUCUUUGGCCUACUCUGUGAAGAAAAUGAUGAAAGAUAACAAUCUAGUCAGGCACCUGGAUGCUUGUGAGACCAUGGGCAACGCCACUGCUAUCUGCUCAGACAAGACAGGUACUCUCACCAUGAACCGUAUGACUGUGGUGCAAGCUUACGUGGGUGACACCCACUACCGACAGAUUCCUGAUCCAGAAGCCAUCCUGCCCAAGGUCCUGGACCUUAUUGUCAAUGGUGUUGCAAUAAAUUCAGCUUACACCUCUAAAAUCCUGCCACCAGAGAAAGAAGGCGGUCUCCCACGUCAAGUUGGAAACAAGACAGAGUGCGCUCUUCUGGGCUUUGUGUUGGACUUGAAACAGGAUUAUCAAGCAGUCCGCAAUGAAGUUCCAGAGGAGAAGCUGUACAAGGUCUACACCUUCAAUUCAGUCCGCAAGUCCAUGAGCACAGUGCUGAAGAACGCAGAUGGAAGCUUCCGUAUGUACAGCAAAGGAGCCUCUGAGAUCAUCCUGCGCAAAUGCACAAAGAUCUUGGACAAGAAUGGGGAACCCCGGAUAUUUAAAGUGAAAGAUCGAGAUGAGAUGGUGAAAAAAGUGAUUGAGCCAAUGGCUUGUCAAGGGCUGCGUACCAUUUGUCUUGCCUUCCGGGAUUUCCCUGCCGGUGUUGAGCCUGACUGGGAUGCUGAAAACGAGAUCUUGUCUGACCUCACCUGCAUCACUGUGGUUGGCAUUGAAGACCCUGUUCGGCCAGAGGUGCCUGAAGCCAUCCAGAAGUGCCAACGUGCUGGUAUCACUGUGCGAAUGGUUACAGGGGACAACAUUAACACAGCACGUGCCAUUGCGACCAAGUGUGGGAUCUUGAUACCCGGAGAAGACUUCCUGUGCUUGGAAGGAAAAGAAUUUAAUAGGCUCAUCCGCAAUGAAAAAGGAGAGGUGGAGCAAGAGCAACUGGAUAAAAUCUGGCCCAAACUACGAGUCUUGGCACGUUCAUCACCUACUGAUAAGCACACACUUGUGAAAGGAAUUAUUGACAGUACCGUUGGAGAACAGAGGCAGGUAGUAGCUGUGACUGGGGAUGGAACCAAUGAUGGCCCUGCCUUGAAGAAAGCAGAUGUUGGAUUUGCUAUGGGCAUUGCUGGUACAGAUGUGGCUAAAGAGGCCUCAGACAUUAUCCUGACAGAUGACAACUUUACAAGCAUUGUCAAGGCAGUGAUGUGGGGCCGCAAUGUGUAUGACAGCAUCUCAAAAUUCCUGCAGUUCCAGCUAACGGUCAAUGUGGUGGCUGUGAUUGUGGCUUUCACGGGUGCUUGUAUUACGCAGGACUCUCCCCUGAAGGCUGUUCAGAUGUUGUGGGUCAAUUUGAUCAUGGAUACCUUUGCCUCAUUAGCGCUUGCCACAGAACCUCCGUCUGAAUCCUUGCUCAUGCGCAAGCCAUAUGGCCGCAACAAGCCACUGAUUUCCCGCACCAUGAUGAAGAACAUCCUGGGGCAUGCUGUAUACCAGCUCACCAUUAUCUUCACACUGCUCUUUGCAGGAGAGAAAUUUUUUGAUAUCGACAGUGGCCGGAAUACUCCCCUCCACUCACCACCCACUGAGCACUACACAAUUGUCUUCAACACUUUUGUCAUGAUGCAACUUUUCAAUGAGAUCAAUGCUCGCAAAAUCCAUGGUGAGAGAAACGUCUUUGAUGCCAUUUUCCGGAACCCUAUUUUCUGCACAGUGGUGUUAGGAACCUUUGUCGCCCAGAUCAUCAUUGUGGAAUUUGGAGGGAAGCCAUUCAGCUGCUCUGGGCUCACCUUGAGUCAGUGGUUCUGGUGUAUUUUCAUUGGUGUAGGAGAGCUGCUCUGGGGACAGCUGAUCUGCACUGUUCCAACCAGUCAGUUGAAGUUCCUGAAGGAGGCAGGACACGGCACUACCAAGGAGGAUAUUGCAGAUGAGGAGCUGCCCGAAGGUCUGGACGAAAUUGACCAUGCCGAAAUGGAGCUCCGGCGGGGACAGAUCCUGUGGUUCAGGGGUCUCAACAGAAUACAGACUCAGAUGGACGUAGUUUACACAUUCCAGACCGGCGCCUCCUCUUUACAGGGAGCCCUCAGGAGACAGCCUUCCAUCGUGAGCCAACACCACGAUGUAAAAAAUGUUUCUAGCCCAACCCAUAUCAAAGUGGUGAAUGCGUUCCGUAGUUCCUUGUACGAAGGCCUCAAGAAACCCGAAUCCAGAAGCUCCAUUCAUAACUUCAUGACUCACCCAGAGUUCAUCCUGGAGGAAGACGAGCCUCGGACACCAUUCCUCGAUGGCACCGAUGAAGACCUGGAAGCUGAAGAACUGAAAAAGCCAAGUGAGGAGAGCCCAGGCGAGUCCUCACCCCUCAACAGAAAUAACAAUGCAGUGGACAGCAAUAUAGCUGAGGACACCAUUCCGGAGCCAGAAAGCCUUUUACACAGCUUGGAAACAUCGGUUUGACCUCUGAACGUUGAUCCUCCUCCCCCCCCAUGCAACACAGGCACCACCAUCUGACUACACUCUGCAGCCGCUUCCUUCAACUGCUGGUCCCUGUAGCCUAUUUGCUCUUCAUUCCUCUUUCCCCUCCCCUCUUUAUGAUAAUUUAGCUGCAGGAACCACAGUACCAUUCACCUAGAAUUUCACUUCACAAGAGUUAUUUUGGCAGAGGUAAAAUCACCAGUUUGAUACAUCUUCUUGAGUUGACCUCCAAAUGUCUGUAAAAGUGGCUUUUCUCUUGUUGAAAUUGCACGUUAAAAAAAAACCGGUUCAGAUUCUCUUGAAGAGCUGUGUGUAGAGCUUCUGAUGAUGCAGUUGUUGGGGUAGCCUCUUGCUUUACUUCUGGAAUAUGCAUCUUACGUGUCUCCAUAUGUCCCUGGGGAGAAGGAGAUAAAUCUAAGGGGUGUUAUUAGAGGGGAUCUGAACCAAGUAUUGGACACGAAAGGGAACCCAGUCUUCCUGACUUCUACCAUUUACUUUCCCAUUUGUGUACCUCUCUGUUUCCAUGGUAUUUUAUCCACAGCAGGAAAUGAGGGUGACUAAAACGUCUUAAAAUGCCUUUUAAAUUAUGAGAGUUGGAAGAAGGCCAAGCAGCAAGGAAAUGUGACAGCAUCAUGUUCUCUGAGAGAAUGAAAUCAGGUGGAACAUGGCUUUUGAUGAAAAGAAGUUGUAUAUGAAUUAAGAGCAAAUUGCUUUGGAAUUCUACAUUAGCUGAAGUGUGUGGGUUAUUUCUAUGUUAUAUAUAAUUUGCUUGAUUUCAGGUUUGCCAGUUUGACUAUCAGGUGAAUUAGUCAUCGGCUGUCUAAGAGCAACAUCUCAGCCUAACUUAUAGUAAGAAUUGAUCCCAAAGAAUGUGGCAUAAAAAAGCUGUAGUCCCUGCUCAGGUUUCAGAAGGAUUGUUUGAGGAAAAGGACUACUUUUUAAAAGCAUGCAUGAUGUAAAACAAUACAGUGCAACCAGGUCACCUUGAGUAAUAAGCUAUUCCUUCCUAACUUUUCCUACAUUUUACAUUCUGGAGAAUGACAAUUUAACAGGAAUGAGCCUUGGAUGCACAGAAUUGCUUUUUCAGGUGAAAAUUGCAUGUGGGUUGGCUCUGCAGGUAUGCCAAUACAACUUCUCCAUAGUUUUCUUCCCUUCUCAUUGCACCUAAACAGGCUCCCAUCUUUUCCAAAGUGUUUGUUGCCACACACCUGCCUCGAAUGAAUGCAGGAGAAGGCAAGUCAGCCCCUGUGUUGAGUGAGGGUAGGGUCAGUCUCAGCUUGAUAGCUUUAAGAUGAUAGAACUGUGCUACAACCAAACAGAGAGGCUGAAACUGUCCUGAGUGAGGGCCAGUUUCUGGGAAAGAAGACAGGGCAACCACAGUUUUCUCAUGCUGGAGGCAGAGCAGCUCUCAAAAUUUGGCACUGUGGUUUUAUGUCACUACAGAAUGGUUUACUUGGAAAAUACAACCUGGAAGCAAAGAGACAGCCAAGCUGUUACUAACCUUAUUGAAGGAUCUGUUGCCUGGCCUCCAUCCCAGCAGUCAACUUACAUAGCUUCUUUGGUUGGUGGCUUUUCUUUUUUCCCUUUCCUUUUGAAGAACGCACAGCAGAAACUCCUGUGCCUUGUCUAAGCACUGCCCAAAGCACCGUCUGCUACGUGGGAGCCCGGUACUUUGCCAAGAGAUAAGUGUUCCUUAAACAAAAAGUGAAAAUGGAGUGUUUUGAUUUCACUUUUAAAUUCAAUUCCCUCACCAUGUGGAUUAGCCAGUAGCUCAUGAUUUCAAGCUAGACUUGAGAAAUCCUUUUUGGUAGGUCUUUGAUUCCAGUGCUGGCGUAAAUAGGACUUGAAUGUCAGGCUCAACCAGCUGCCAAUAUUUGGGGUGGGGGAAAUGCCCAUCACUGACCAUCUUUAUUGCAAUUAAGGCAUCAUCACAUUCUCUUGCUCCUUGUUUCCCUUCGUGAUAAAUCCACUUCAUUCCUGUCAUCUGAACUGUACACAUUGGGAGGAGUUUAGGGAGGAAAACUGCCAUCUCUUGCUAUGUGACCUACCAGAUAAGAAAAAAAAAUAUUUCUAUGUAGUUCUGUUCUAAAGAUUGCAUUGUUUCAAAAAUCUUUUUUUCUAUUUUGAAUACUUAAAAAACAAAUAGUGAUGUUAGACAAUUGCAUACAUAUUUAUGAAAUAUUUGGGAGAGGGGACACUGAUUUUUGUUCAUGUUUGAUAUUUUUUUAAUUACCUCAAGCAUAUUUUGGAAGAAGGAAAAACCAUCACUCCCAGAAAUCAUUAAUGAACAGGUUAUGAUGAAGGGUCUGGCUUACAUUUUAAUCAAUUUUUCUCUUUUUUGUGUCUAGCUUCCUUGGUAGGGGAGGGGGAAAAUAAUUAUAUAAAUAUUAUGCAAAAAAUAUAUAGUUUUCUUUAGAUCAGAAACAGAUAUUUUUAAGUCAGCCAUAUGUAUAUUGUUUAAAGGAAACAAAGCUGUGAGUUAUAUAACUGCAGUGGAAUGUAGUCACAUGGCUGGCAGUUGACACUUAGGGAUUGGUCAGAUUCCAGUCAACUUCAUUUCUCUGAACAGCCAUCUUUGUACUAAAGUCAGUUGUGUUAUACAGAAAUGUUUUUAUAUAACUUAUGUUGAUAUGGCUGGUUGCUUAAAGUAUAUGUGUUUAUUGUGCAUACAUUUUAAUGUAAAAUAAGAUUGGUUUCUCUUUUCUAAUUUCAGUUUCAGUGAUAAAACUAGCAGCAGUGGACUGGCUUAAAUUAUUGGGAAAUGAUAAAGCGAGGGGAUGAGGCCUAGUUCACUAGAUAAAAGGCAGCAGGCCUCAUCCAGAGAUUAGUGUCUGUGUGCACACCAAAUCAAAGGCCAGCACUGCUGGGUUCUGUCCAUGACACCUGCUUGGGAAAUAAAGGAGGCCUUUUCAGUCAUGUCCCCCUGCAGCUCCACCACAUUGUCAAAAGGCGACUGCACCAGCCAUCUGUUAGGGGAUAGGCUAGUAAACCCAGUCGUAAUAGAGAUCAGCACAUACUGAUCCCCUGGAACACGAUGGAAGGGGUUUUUUUUUAACCCCGUGCAGUGUUCUUUUGUCUGUAUUAGGAGAGCAUCAAGUAAGGUGACUCGUGUUCAGAAGUCCACCUCGUUGCAUAGCCUGCCUUGCUGGAUGGGAAUGGGUGUAGAUUAUAGUUCUUCUAAAAUAUGCCAUGAGGGACAAAAUGAUCUUGCAACCAAUAGAAUUGUCAUGGGGGGGCAUGGGGUGGAAGAGAGCUUCGUCUAUUGGGUGUAUAGAAAUAAAAAUAAUAAUUCAGGGUUGUGCCAUGUCAGACAGGAAAUGAAGUAAUAUCCUGUGAUGUGUGUUACUUUGCCUUGGAAUGCUUUGUUGUUAUUUUUUAAAGAAAAGUACCUUGGACAUAAUUUUGCAUCCAGUUCUUAAUAGUAGGAAUCCAUUAUUUUUGUUAAAUAAAUUGGCAGAUUGGUACCAAAGACAUUACAUCACUUCCUGUGUGCAAUGAAGAAUAUUCAUUUUUUGGAGUUAGAAUUAUGUAAUUGGUUCUUUUUAUUAAGUCGCACAGGCAUCUGACUUAAUUUUUCAAACAUUUUGUGCAAUAAGUUUAAAAAAUGAAAAUGACAAUUCCAGGAAGAAAACAAAGCAAAUUGUAAUUUUAGCCAUGGGCAAUUAUGAAUAGAGAUAGAACAACCAAAUUUAAGGCUAUUUGAAUUGUAGAAAUAUCUACAAUUUGUGUUUCACUUGGCUUUUUUAUUGGAGGUCAACACAAGCUGACUGAAGAUCUCCAGCAACAUGAUUCACACAAUCAAAAGAAACUGCUGUGACUUGUUUAAAUUAGCAUGUGCCAGACACCAUUCUGUUAAUAACAUGCUGAGGUGAGCGUUGUCAUGUUGUCCAAGCCCAGGCAGUCUGGAGAAACCAACCAUCAUUUGAGGGUUCAGAUGACACAACAAGCUGUGCCAGAAAGGUAGCUUGAUGUGUUACUGGCAGUAGGACUUGUAUGAUCAUGUGACAGCUCAAUAGCUCCAGUUCAGUGGGAUGUUUCUCAAGAAAACUUUAGUUAAAGAAUUGUUGAUUUGGUGCACAUGACAUGGAUGCCAAGCAUGCCUUAAUUUAGCUGUGAAGACCAUUUUGUCAUGCCAGGUGCCCAUGGGAACCCUUUUUUGUAUCAUGGACUUGCCUGCUUGCAAUAGUGUACAUAUCUGGCUUGAUGGGUUGUUUGAGAUGGUAAGAAACCCUCAGAUAACUCUAAGAACAAGCUAUGGGUUAUUUAGCCACAUUCUCAGAUAAUCCAUCAUGCCAGGUUCUCCCAUCACAGCAAGUUAAAAGCACACUGCUACUGCUCACAUAUUCAAAAUGGCAACUGGUGUGCUCCACUAAGCCCCACAGUGAUGUUGUGGCUUUGUGAACAGCUCCCAUGUCUGCUCCUCAGCAUUCCCCCAAACAUUGCCUAGUACUGCCAUUUUUUCUGGGGCCAAUGGUUGAGAUGCCUACAGGUCUAGUAAGACUCACAGCUUUGAGGAAAAGGCAAGGUAACAACAGCUUCCAGAUGUGUGAUGAAAAUCUUCGCUGAGGUUACUUUCUGCUCAGGAGGUUAUCUUCUUUUCCCUCAAAAGAGAAAUAUGAGAGGGAUAACCAACUUGGCAGUGCUAAAGACAGAAUAUGGGUUCCCUCCCUCCCUCCCUCUCAUUCCCAAUAUUUUUCAAACAGCUUCGAUAUUUAUCACCCUGACACUACAUGGUUUUUUGUUUGUGGGUUGUGGUGCCAAUAGCCCCACUAGCCAAAAAGAUCCCAGUUUGCACAUUCAUGUGCCCUUGGAUGAACCCAUGGCUAAGGCUACAUGUUUGGUUUUUUCCUGCCCAUAAAUAAAUAUAUAUACAGUAAUAAAAUAAAUAUUUGUAUGUAUAUUUAUUUCAAUUUAAAAGCUUUUCUAAAGAAGCAUGCAGAUAUGAAUUUAUGUUUCCCUUUUUCAGUAACUAGUAUAAUAAGCACUGGCAUUUUUGUAUAAAAAUGAAAAAAGACAAAACAAAAGACUGAAUAUUAUGUGGUAUGCAUGACAUUUAAAAAUGGUGGUUUCAAAGCAAUAUGUACCCUGGUGUGUUUGCCAUAAUCUAGAGUCCAGCUUAAAGUGCACCUGAUCUGUAAUUGCAUUUUGAUAUUAUUUAAUCUCUAUGUAUGAUGUUUUGCAUGUAUUUAUAUGGUUCUUGGGAGGAUUUCUUUUCUCUGGGGGAGGGGUAAGGAGAGGGCUGGGGUGGAAUGAUUGACAAUGAGCUUCUUCCAGAACAUUUGAAACUCCAAGCAUAGAUAAUGCUCUGAUGGGGAAAUCAAGCCAAUUUUUUAAGGUGCAACAGGUGGGGAAAGGGAAACUGUUUAGAACUAAUAAAGCUUUUUUUGCUGUUGAGCAGAAACAAUGCGCAAGUGCGUUGAGAGAAUAAAUUGUGCCCAUUUGUAACUGUGAUGUCUUCAGUAUGUGUCCCACCAGUUUAUGAAGUCACUGAUCAUCUACUGAUGCUGAGUUAAAGAAUGACUCGAAUGAAUGUAAAAAGCUCCAGUUUGGAACAAAAUUGUACUGUAAAAGCUAUACUAAAAGUUAUUUUUGGUUUUUUUUUAAACCCCCAAAAGUUAAGUUGAUAUAUCAAUUUCAAUAUCCAACGUGUGCAGCUGUGCAAAGCCUUCUGUGCCACUUCUGCCAUCUCAGCAAGGCCCAGAAAUAGCCAUCAGAUACUAGCCAAGACUAUAGAUGCAUGCCAGCACAUAAACAAUCUAAAAGAAUAAUUUCUUUUAUUAGAGAAAAGGCAGAACACUGCUUUUACACACACACCUGUCGAAGAAGAACAUUAACAAAUGUUAGCUUCAGGCAGCAGUCACGGACAUAGUGACACACAUUAACAUUUGAAAAAAAAAUAUAGCAGUUUAUCCUUUCCAAAAAAACACCAUGCUCAGCAACAAAAUCAUACAGAUAUGGUAUGUGUAAUUAAGUGAUUACAUGAUAUCAUUUUUAAUAGGUGCAUAGAGUAUAGUAUUGAAAAUUAAAAGCCAAUUCUAAUUUUAUUCUUUUAGUAUGCACAUUUUCCAAGACUGAGGAUCCUCUUGAACCUGGCAGCAGGGGCAACUGAAACAUGCAUUUAUUGCACCUCUGCAUAUAUUGAAAAACCUGAUAAAAAGUGCAUGUCUGAAGCAAUCAACAUAUUUCAGCAAAAAUUUCAAAAAGGUUUUUGGGAAUAUCUUUGUGCACAUAUUGUUAACAGAAAGUCUUGGAUGCUCUUCUAUAGGAAAUAGUUGCCGUUUGCUAGUCUUGCCAUUUGUCCUAGUCUCUGUGUUGUUCUUCCGUGCAGGACGGGAGAAUUUGAUACCACCAUGUGAUACAACAGAAUUUGGUCAGGAAGUCAUUGCUUCAACAGAGGACUUCAACAUGUCCUUAAGUUACCUGUUGCAUGUGCUAUUUCAAUCCUGUAUUAGGUAGCCACAAAAGACAUUCCUGUACUCCAAAGAUAAUGUGGUCAGUUAUAUAUAGUAGAUACCGUAGGCAGAAUCUAGUCCAUGUACUAGACCUGCGGGAAGGCAGUAAGCAGAGGGAAAUCUUGUGGAGUAACAGGGAAAGGGAGGAUUCAGUGGAACUAGCAAGAGGUAAAAACCUGGUCAGUUCCUCAAAAUCAGCAUCUUCUCAUGAAAUGAUUAAAAUGUUAAACUGUUAGAUGUAAAUCCCCAGCUUUCAGAAGAAUUUUUAAAAGUCAGCCUCCUGCUUGGAUAAAGGGGAUGGGGCACUGUUGGCAAGCUCUCCAUCUGGGGAAAACAGAUAUACCAUACUUUGUCUUUAAUAGUUGCUUGGAGGGGAGAAAAAAUGGGAAGUGCUGGUUCUCCCUUCAGGCUAUGAGGAGAGGUGCCACCUGCUUGAUUUCCAUUCCUAUGCAAGUAUUAAAGAAACCAAAGUGUUGCUUUUCCUGUAUUGGUUAGGCCCUGGCAUCUGGCCUCAGUCCUGAUUUAGUGAUUUAAUGACGUCAUUACUCUGCAGGUACGUGACAGGCACUUGCCCAUGCUGGGCUCAGUGUGGCCGCCUCAAGUGUUUUCUGCAAGGAUAACACUACACGAACACCUUUGGCACCACAGUGCUGCUUUCCUUGGGACCACAUUACUGGCAUGUCAAAGAUUGCACACAAAUUUUAAUAAGUUGAGCCCCAUAGAACCUUACUUUUUUGCUUUCAUGCACUGAAGGACAGCAUAAUGCUCAGGUUAAUAUAAUGCUAAAAGGCUAAAUGGUAAUAUAACACAACUUUGCUGUCUUGGAAAUUAAGCUAACAAGUUAUUUUCUAAGUUUCAAAGCAGGCAGAUAGGAGAAGCAAAGAACAUGAUUUUUGUCCCAUGAAUCAAUAGUAUACAUCCAUUUGUGAAAACGAAUCUGUAUUUCCACACACCAAAGUCCUUUUCACUUUCACAAUAUCCAAACAAAAUGCAACUUUUUAAAAGGCUUAUUCUAACUGGCCAGGAAGCUAAGCAUUCCCCUAUUAUGGUUCUCUAUGCUGCCUUUCAAAAAUGCCAAACUACUACUAAUGUGAGCAUUGUCUGAUUUCUGUGGCCUCCAUGCUCUGUGGUUCUUGUUACCGUGUGAUCUGUGCUUUUGUGCCAUAAUUUGGUAGAUGUGACAGCUACUAUUUUUGUGCCUUUCAGUCAGCCCACCACUGCCCAAUCUAGAUGUUCUAGCUACUUCUUAACUUGAAUGAGGAGUGAUAGAGAAAUGUAAUGAAAUUUCAGGUUACAACAGAUCCUACCAAUAUCAUACUGUCAAUCCUAGGACCAACAUCUUAUGGAGACCAAAUGAAGGGUAUUGUUUUGAUUAAAGGCCAUAAGAUAAAUACAUUGUAAGAGCCAUUUAUGACAUUGCAGCUUAAUAAAUACAUGUUAUAGUCCUACAGUGGCUGGAUUCAGACAACACAAGUUUUAACUUGUUUUCUGCUGAACUAUGAGCUUUGGUUGAAGCAUGGUUUAUUUCAUUGCCUGAAGCCAACCACAUAAACAAGCCAUAGCUUGUUAGCACAGCUGGAUUCAGCGAGCACAAUGAUCCAUGGUUCAAUGACAACUCAUGCUCAAAUCCUUGAGUGUGGUUUAUCAUGCUGUCCAAACCCAGACACUGUAUAUCUAUUAAAGCUCUCCCUGUGUAGGGCAAGUAAAAUAGACUAGAUGCCUGCACAAUUCCCACUGAGUGGGUUCAGAUAGCAUUUGACUCUAGCCACACUUAGCUUGUGCAUGGGCAGAGUGUGGGUUAUCAUUGAACCAUGGGUGGUGGUUGAAGUAUGAAUUAUGUUGAUUGGGUUGACAAGUCACAGUAGGUUGUCAUCUUGUGCAGAUCUGCACUGCGUCCUGAAGGAUAACUUGUGUGAGAACCUGGACAACUCAGGACUUUCGUUAGGGUUUGUUGGAGCCCUGAUGAAUUGUUAUCUCAUCCAACCACCACUAGAGGACCAGAAAAGUGACAAGCCACUCAGCAAAGCCCUUUGCUGCUCUUGUCAGUUUCACCUGGACCACUGCCAGUGACAGCCAUGCUGAUGCCUAAGCAGCACAGCGGAGCAAGUGUCACUGGCUCAGUAUCUCCCUUGUUAAUGGUGACUCUUUCUUGUUCACUUUGUCUUUCCUCCCCACUUCUUUUUGAGAUCAUUUUUAAAUUUUAAUUAUUUGAGAUCACUUACAGAUCAUCAACCCAUCUCUGAGUUAACAGCCAGUGGCACCCCCUCAAAAGUUCCCAAGUGUUUUUUUAAUAUGUAUAUUCAUUUGUCCUUGUUUAAACAAACCAACCAAUCCUGAAGAGCCCUGUCAAAAACCCCCUUUUAAAUGAAGCCUAAGCUUUGACAGCCAUCAAAGUCUGUGCUCCUAUAAAAGGUGGUGAUUCACGCUCUUCCACCUAUCUGACCAUCUAAACUCUCAAGAAAAAAUACAAAAGGCUAAGAAAUGUCAGGUCCAGAAUAUAUUUAUUGCGAGGAGGGGUGCUCUUGCUGCACAGGUAGUGAUGUGCUGGCCAUUUUUUUGCAAGCAAAGAUCACUUGUGGUCUUGUUUUCCCUUGAAACAAGAGGAAAGUUAGAAUAACUGUUUGCAGCCUCUCUGGGUUAAUGCCCAUGCUUGUUGCCUUCUGCACUUCAGCAGCAAAUACCUUCCAGGACACACACUAGACAAGGCUCAUUUCAAACCUGUGGGAGUAUACAAAUCCACACUUUCCCAAGUCUACAGCAAAUUUAAAAAUAAAAGUGGGGUAGGGGGUUGAUUUUCACUAGAAAUAGGCAAUUGCCUUAUACCAAAUAAGACCACUGGUCUGUCAAGCCCAAUGUUAUUAACAUUGAUUGGCGGCACCUCUCCAGCAUUUUUAGCAAGAAUAUUUCCAGCCGUACCUGGAAAUACCAGAGCUUGAACUUGGAAUGUCCAGCAUGCAAGGCAUGCUGUACUACUGGCUUGGAGAAUUGUCCUGUAUAUGGGGAAUUCACAACUAAAAUAAUUGAGAACCAGUGCAGUGUAGUGGUUAAAGUUCUGGACUGGGUGACUUGGGAAAUCUGGGUUUGAGUACCCACACAACAUCACUUUAGAAUGACUGACUGGAGAUUUAUCUCCAGCUAUUUCAAGUGUAGCUGGGAAAAGGCGAUGUGAGUUGGAAGAGGCAAUGGGACCUUCUAGCCAUAACAGAAGUUUCAUUGAGCUCUUCAAGGGGUUCAGAUCCAAUUUUGAGAAGACAUUUGACAAAAUUAGGCAGAAGCAGGAAUAUAGUGUAAUCAAUUGGUUUAAUUCAAAUUUAUUCAUACUUGACUAUAUAGAAAUCAGUGUGAAAACUUAGUCAUGGCUAAGUCCUUUUGAUUUCAAUAGGUUUACCCCAAAUAUGACUGCAGACCAGAUGUAAGCUAUUACUGGAUUCAUAGUGAUACUCAGCUUGAAUUAGGUGUCCAAAGCUAUCAUUUGCAUUGGCCUUUAUCUAAUCUUUUUCUCCUAGCCAGUAAACCUUCAUUAGUGAAGAAUUGGUCUCCAACCUUUAAAGGACAGAUCAAAAUCCUUAGUCAUUUUUCAGUUAGUUUGCUACUUUUGGGCCUUGCUAUAAUUUGAACGAGACUGCUGGCUUCUCAGUCUACACCAGAUGCAAACUCAGUGAUGUAAUUGACAGAAAACUGGAUUUGGAUUGUUUAGGCCAUUUAUUUUGCUGUGUUUGAACUAAGAAAUUGAACCCAGCAGACCACUGCCUCAUUCUUUGGCAAAAAUAAUGAAUUAAAAAUAUAGCUAUAAACCAAGCAAAGCCUCAAUAGAUAUCAGUGCCGAGUAUUUACUUCCUGUCCUCUCUGUCUGUUGCGGUCAUCUGGUCCUCUGCAGUGUCUCUGACAAAUUCAGACUGAACUUGUGAGGCCAUCCAUUGUCUAUGGGCAAGCAUUUUUUUUAAUCUAAUUGUAAAUAAAAAGAUACAAAAAUGUA